AUGAAUAAGGCAUGUUUUGCUCGCGGUUUGUUGGAUGAUGAUAGAGAAUAUAUUGAAGCAAUUGAAGAAGCAAGUAUUUGGGGUUCUGGCAAAUACCUUAGGAAUCUAUUUGGCACUCUUUUGUUUUCUAACUCAAUGAGUAGACACUGUGUUUGGGAGAAGGCAUGGAAAAUACUCUCCGAUGGACUAACAAUAUCCGACAAUGAGUUUUUAAAUCUCACUCUCAUAAAAAUUGAGACAAUUCUCAAGUGGAAUAAUCGUAGUCUAAUGGACUACCCUAACAUGCCUUUUCCUAACACUGAUUUUGGGGUGGGACAAGGAAGCCAAUUAGCCGAGUUGAUAGUGAAAUCUAAGUUGAUUAUAUGGGAUGAAGCUCCAAUGGUCAAUAAAUUUUGUGUUGAAGCUCUUAAUCGUACCAUGAGAGAUUUGCUUAAGAUUGUUAACUCCAAUAGUGAAAAUCUACCAUUUGGCGGUAAAACAAUUGUGUUGGAGGUGUUGAAGUUGACUCAAAACAUGAGAUUAAAACGAUCUAACAACAUUGAAAGAUCUUAUCAAAGCUUAAGGGAGUUUGCAUAUCGGUUAUUGAAGAUAGGAGAUGGCAAGAUCGGUGAGAUUUCUGAUGUUGUUGUAACAUCUACAUUCAAGAAAUACAUUGAGGAUCUGGAUGACGAGAAGAAUUUACAAGAUAGAGUUGUAUUGGCACCAACACUUCAGACUGUAGAUGAGAUUAAUGAAUACAUGAUGAAGAUUAAUCAAAGACAGCAUGUUUCUUACUUCAACGCUGAUAUGGCUUGCAAGUCUAAGACACAAACAGAUGUUGCUGCAGCUGUUCACACCCCUGAAUUUCUCAAUGGUAUCAAGUAUUCCGGUCUUUCAAACCGCGAAAUCAAAUUGAAGGUUGGUAUACUUAUUAUGCUUCUUAGAAACAUUGAUCAUUCUUCGGGUUUAUGCAAUGGGACAUGGUUGAUUGUUACUCAGCUUGGGAAACGAAUUAUUGAAGCUAAAGUAAUUAUUGGGAGUAAUACAGGACAGAAAGUGUUCAUACCACGUAUGAACCUAUCUCCUUCUGAUCAUAGGAUCCCUUUUAAAUUUAAUCGAAGACAGUUUUCUAUAUUGGUUUUCUAUGCUAUGACUAUAAAUAAGAGUCAAGGUCAAUCUUUAUCUAAUGUAAGCUUACUUUUAAGGAAGCUUGUUUUUAGCCAAGGUCAACUGUAUGUGACUCUUUCUCGAGUAACAACCAAACAAGGUCUCAAGAUACUAAUUACUAAUGAAGUAGGAAAAGAGUCAACUGUGACAGAUAAUGUUGUCUAUAAUGAAGUUUUUAAAAAUUUGGAUUGA